CUGGUAGAGAGCACUACUACUGAAGUCGACAAGCCCAGUGUCGUACCACAAGUUGACAAUUUUUUAUUUCCACUUAUUUUCAUCAACAAUUGAGUUGAUCGGAAAAAUAUCUAGACAACGAACUCACUGAAUUAUUCAUACAAUUAAUACAGUUUCCAUCGUCUUACGAGUGAAAACCAGCAACAAAUUGAUUCAUUUCCGUUGAAGUUUUUCAUUCAAUUGUUACAAUUGACAUUUACAAGUUUCUAGUCUAGCUAGAAAAUAAGGAAAAACAGUUUAAUGCAAUUCUUGCACUUUCAGGGGAAUUAUACAACUCGUAUUGAUCUGAUAAUUUACAACUUGUGUUCGUUUUUUUUGUCGUGUAACUCUUUCUAUAAAUCCGUCGCGCCCAGUGUGUUUGGCGUUUUGUCGUGACUCAUCAUGCGUGUGUGUACAGUAAAAACUUCAAGACAAUAAUAUUCCCACUUGGAAUAUUCUCCAAGACGCAGUACCGGAAUUCUCCAGGAAGGAAUAUUCUCACGUGGGCGAGGGUGUGAGGGGAUUGGUGGGGGAAUUUUCCUGCUGGAAUUUAAUUUUUAGAAGGUUCACUGCAUUCGACCUUAAUAACCCCAAAAGUGAUAACGUGACGUAAACAUUGUGUCAUCAAUUAACCAAUUUGAUGAAUUAUUGAAUUAAUUGAAUGAUUAAAUUAUUACUAUUAUUGGAAUUACUUGAAUUAUUGAAUUAUUAAAACGUAAUAUAUAAUAUCGAUGAUGGUGAUUUGAAGCUGCAAGUGUAAUACACAAUAAUUAACUUGGAGUGGCUCUUGCAACCCCUGUUGUUGAAUGAACAAUAGCAAUGGCAAAUCCAGUGAGAAACGUCCCGAUAUCCCAAAUUCUGAAGAACAAGAGCACCUUCGAAGAUGAGCCGAGGAAAAAGUCAAGGGAGGAUUGGAGAAAGGCAAAAGAAUUGGAGGAAGCGAGAAAAGCUGGAACAGCCCCAGCAGCUGUUGAUGAAGAAGGCAAGGACAUCAACCCCCACAUUCCCCAGUACAUAAGUGCAACUCCCUGGUACUUCGGGGCAUCUGGGCCCACCCUGAAGCAUCAGAGGCCCCAGCCAGAGAAGCAGAAAGAGUACAGCAGCCUUGGAGAAUGGUACAAGCGAGGAGUUGAUCCGUCAAAUGUAGCCACCAAAUUUCGGAAGGGAGCCUGCCAGAAUUGCGGAGCAAUGGGCCACCAGAAGAAGGACUGUUUCGAGAGGCCCAGAAGGGUGGGUGCCAAUUUCAAAAGCAGCAACAUCGCCCCAGACGACUUUCUGCAACCAGAAUUGUCUCUGUCGUAUGACGCCAAACGCGACAGAUGGGCUGGUUACGAUCCAACAGAUCACAGGGCCUUUGUCGAGGAGUAUCAAAAGAUUGAGGCUUGCAAGAGGCAAAUGAGGGCUGAAAAAUUGAAUGCUGAGGAGAGUGAUGAGCAAGACUCUGACAAGGACGAAGAUAAAUAUGUGGAUGAGGUCGACAUGCCUGGAACCAAAGUCGACUCGAAACAGAGAAUUACUGUGAGAAAUCUGAGAAUCAGAGAGGAUACCGCCAAGUACUUGAGAAAUUUAGACAGCAAUUCUGCUUAUUAUGAUCCCAAAACGAGAUCAAUGAGGGAUAAUCCUUAUGAUGGAACUGAAAAAGAAGUCGACUACAAAGGUGAAAAUUUCGUUCGAUUCUCUGGCGACACCCAGAAACACGCAACAGCCCAAUUAUUCGCUUGGGAGGCUCACGAAAAAGGCGUGGAUGUCCAUUUAUUGGCCGAACCGACUAAAUUGGAGAUGCUGAAGCAGGAGUACGAUAAAAAACGAGAUGAGCUCAAGGACGAGGCGAGGGGAAGUGUUGUGGACAAGUAUGGGGGCCGUGAGCACCUUCAAACUCCCGACCCAUCGCUUUUACUGGCGCAAACCGAAAAUUACGUUGAAUAUUCAAGAUCAGGAAAGGUAAUUAAAGGACAAGAGAAGCAAGCAAUCCGUUCUCAAUAUGAAGAGGACGUAUAUCCCAACAAUCACAAGUCAGUUUUUGGGUCUUACUGGCGCGGAGGUCACUGGGGGUACAAGUGCUGUCACUCAUUCAUAAAAAAUUCUUACUGCACUGGUGAAUCUGGAAAGCAGGCCCUUGAAUCGUCCCAAGCACUUCAGGAAUUUUCGUCAACAAGUGAAAAGUUGGCUAUGAAUGACUCUGAAGAUGAUAAACAAUUAACGAGUGGGUCCUCGAGUGAUUCCUCGUCGGAGGAGGACACUCGGAGUAAGACAGAACGUAAAUCAAAGUCGAAAAAGAACAAAAAGAAGAGGAAGAAGCAAAAGGAGAAGUUGAGGAAGAAGAAAAAUCAGAAGGAGGGGAAUUCUUUGAAGGAGGCUUUGGAGAAGGAAGAGGAGAGCCAGAGGGAGGCGGAGAUGCUGCUGAAAAUGGAUGAACGGAAGAGGCCUUACAACAGCAUGUUCACAGCCAAGGAACCCACUGCUGACGAAGUGGAGGCCUUCCAGAUGAAGAGACCUAGGGAGGACGACCCAAUGGCUAACUUUAUCUAAAUAAAUUAUGUAUUUUUUUUUGGUAAUUGGAAAUGAAGAUUGGGAGUAAUACGAGUAAUUAUAAUUUAUUCAUAAUACCUGAUAAACACGUUUUUCAGAUUGAUUAUUGUUGGCAUUUAUUUUGGAAAGAGACGGAUAAAUUCUGCAAAUAUUCCGUAGAAUAUUAAAUAUUUCAUGAGGAAUUUUAAACGAAAAUAAAUAUAGUUAAUUAACAGUAAUUAAUUUAGAAGUGCAAAAAUAACACAGAGUGGUAUGAGGAAAUGAACUUUUCCAUGUUAGAAAAAAAAUUAAAAUCUCGAAAAACCAGAACAAAAUAAAUAAAAAUUCUACACCCAA